AUGUCGUGUAUAUCAUCGCCCGAGCCUCUGGGGGUGAUUCAAACCGUGUUGUUGCGGCGAUUAAACGACGAAGAUGGUCAGUCUAAUAGCUCCGACCGAAGUUCAGGUAAGACAACAUGUUCGUAUGGGUUUGUUUUACUUUGGUAUGUCUGUUCAGUAUUUAUAUAUCUGUUGACAUACUUUCUUACUCUCCUUCUAUUACGGUAGGUACUUCAGUCGUGAUGUUUAGACGUCUUUUCAGUAGCCUUACCUGUGUCUGCCUUAAAGUUCUUCUGUUGUUGUAGGUAUCUCAGUUGUCUCUGCAGUAGAUGUCAGUCAGUAAUUCCCUCCGGUAAAUCUAGGUAUCUCUCUUCAAUAGCUUCGUAUGUCUUUUUGGUUUCAUUUAAUGAGCGGUUUCAGCAGAUUUUCCUUUGACUCGGUCGAUUACUCUGAAAGGGAUACGACAAUGGGAAAGGAAAAAUGUUGUUGUACAUGGCUUGUUGACACUUUCUCCUCUUUUUUCUACGAAAUUUCAGUCUAAUUUGGCAGUUUUAUUGCUUGUAAAGAUAGUUCUGGCUAUUUUUUGUUUCGUAAAGAAAGGUUUUACGAUUUUAAGUUAUGUAAAGAAAGUUCUUGCCAUUUUUGUUUUGUAAACGAAGUUUUUGCCAUUUUCUGUUUUGUAAAGAAAGUUCUUGCCAUUUUAUGUCUGUUAAAGAAAUUCCUUCUCAUUUUCUGCUCUGUAAAGAAAGUUUUUGUCAUUUUUUAAGAAAAAACAAAAAAUUAACGUUUUGCAGUCUGCGGGUGACAAGUUAUACGACAAAUAGCAUUCUGAGUUCUGAAUGUAACCUUCUUGCCAUUUUCUGUUUUGUAAAGAAAAUUUUUGCCAUUUUAAUUAAAAAUUUGUAAUUUUGAGUAAAAUACGUCAGGUGACCUUUUUUAACAUAAUGAUUUCAGAAUCCAGUUUACCACGAUCUCGUCGAAAACCAAUGAAUCUCGGCUUCAGCAUCGUUGGAGGUAUCGACUCUCCCAAAGGGCCAAUGCCAAUUUACGUAAAAACUAUAUUUCCAAAUGGCAUUGCAGCCAAAAGUGGAUUGCUACACAAAGGUAGGUGAAUGUAAAAAUAAAUUUUUUAUUUUUUUUAAUUUGAAAUUUUUUAAAACUUCAACAUUUAAAUUUUAAAAAAAAUUUAAAAUUCGAUUUUUCAAAAAAGAAUUGAAAAUUUAGGUGUGAAAUUUCAAAGAGUUCCAAAUUUUAAAGUUAAAACCAGGAAAAAAAGUUUUGUUUAUUCUCUUUUGAACCCCGCAGGCAUUCAAAAACAUCUCAAAGUUAACACUUUGAGGAUUAAACGACUCGUAUUGUUUAUAGGAACGGCUUGCCAAACUUUUUUAUUACUUUUUUAUACACUUAUAUAUUUAUUUAACGUUUAGUACAUCUGAUAGUACAUUACAAUUAUAGUUGGCACUAAAUUUUUAUGUUUUUUGGUUCCACAACGAAAACCUUGAAAACUUAUUUUUUACGUAAGAAGAGCCGAGCUGUCGAUAAUUUUUAAAAUUUAAAUUUUUGAGAUAAAAGGAAGCCUAUUUUUGUAUUUUACAAUAAAUUUAUGUGAGAAAUUUGUCACAUUUGGGUCCCACAACGAAAACUCUUUUUAUGUAAAAAAAUUUAUGUUUUAUCGCUUUGUUGUGAUAUUAACCCAUAAAAGUGAUAGUAAGGAAGCGAUAGUAGUCAGGCUAAGGUAAAUUUUGUCUUUAAAAUAAUCUUUUUUGGUAAAAGUCAGUAUUUUUGUCAUUAUGACAUAUUUUAUGACAAAAGUCGUUUGGUCAACUACUUUUUCGGCCAAAACUUAUUGCCAGCGGCAAGAAACGGCCGAACGUUCAAAUCUUUUGUUUUUGUGAGAACGCAGACUUAUUGUUUGUGUUAGUUGAACCAUAAUUAGUCUACCGUUCUUUCAUCUGAAUAAUCGAGUAGUGACACUUUUGAAACAACCAUUGUCACUUAUUUUGGUCUUCUUGUGACAUCGAGUAACUUUCGGUGAAUGUAAAAUACGGCAAUCGGUUGCUUAUAGAUACUUUUUUCGGUUUUUCAUUUUUUAAAAUUUUUUUUAGAUAAAAAAUUUUUUAAUUUUUAAAAUUUUUGAAAAGUUGAAUAAAAACCAAAAAAAUGUUAAAACUCAUGUUUCAGGUGACGAGAUUGUGGCUUUGAACGGAGUUUCCUUCGCCGGAUUCACUCACGCGCAAGCCUUGGACCAAUUCAAAGGGCUGGACAAGCACAGUGAUGUCGUCCUGAACAUUCGACGCAAUUGGCCUAGACCCACACUGGAAAGGUUUGUCAGAUCCUACCCUGCCCUACCCUACCCUACCCUACCCUACGCUACCCUACCCUACCCAACCCUGCCUUAUCUUCUCUAGCUUACACUAUCCCUUUGUGUUUGGUCUCAGUGUAUGUAUCUUAUCCUACCUUAUCGUCUUACACUACUUGAUCUUACUGUACUCUAUCCUACUGUACCCUAUUUUAAUUUACCCUAUAUUACUUUACCCUAUCUUAUUGAAAACCAUACUCUAUCCUAUCUGACUCUAUUCUACGGUACUUGAUUUUACUAUAGUUUACCAUACCUUACCCUAACCUGCUUGACUAUUAUAUUGUGCUUUACUGUAUCAAAAACCAUUUUUUAACUCAAAAAUCUUAUUUCAGGACUUCCGAAUUUAUGAGAGUGGCAGACUUUGAACGGCCCUUUACGGAACGUUCUUUGGUGCCAAUCGUUCAACGCCGUGCCAGUUCAGCCGAAGAUUUACGGUUUUUGCAUUGGAAACAGCGACGAGAGAACGGUGAAGUCAAAAGAGACAAAAACUGCAAUGUAAGUCAACUACAAGCAUGAUUUUUUACUUUUCGAACUUAUUUUAUACCUAAAAUUAGCAAUAUAGGCUUGUUUUUACUAAAAGUCUAGAUUUAUAAUUCUGCAGCCAGCGGUCUAACAAUUUUUCUCGGACGCAGACUGCGGGAAAUUUAUAUUUAAAAAAAAUGGUUUUUAAACAAAAUUAUAAUGUAAAAUACGUCAAAGAAUUUUUUUGCUAUUUUAUAAUUACUAUUCAUAAGUAACAUAUACGUAAAACUUGUACAAGUAUGAACAUAUCAAGAUUAAUGUUGUCGUAUGACACGUUAUGCCGAAUACCAUUUAUCGUACAUUAAAAAUGCAUGAAAUGAGUCGCCAAAGGGGUUAAAAGUACACUUUUCUUACUCAAAAUCCUUUACUUUUUAUGUUUUAAAGUUGCAAUAAAUUCAUUAUUCUUUGGUCUAGCAAACUCUAGAUGGUCUAGUAGUACUUUUGGUACUUACUACGAUAUGCACGUUGUGGUAUGUUUUACUAUUUUGAAGAAAAUGUUAAAAUUUAUUUUUACGAAGUCAAAUUUACUUUUUCUGCUGUAUUUUUUUCUUUUGGUGCUUUAUUUGACAAAAUGCUUGAAAAUCAGGGUUUUCGUGGUGGGACCAAUUUUAGAUUUUUUUGUAAUAAUACGGAGCAAAUAAUUUUGCAUUAUAAUAAUGACAAAUCCACUUUUCGUAUUUUACAACUAUAAUACUUUUCGAUCAGUUUUAAAGCAAAGAAUUAAAAAUUAAGGUUUUCGUGGUGGGACCAAAAGCUUAAUUUUUAUGAAGAUUUUGCUAAAUUUUUAUAUGUCGUAUUUUACAAUAUUUAGAAGUUGCCAACCUCUUUAAUUUAAAAAUUUUUAAAAUCAGGGUUUUCGUGGUAAGACCAAAAAGUCAAAGCCAAGUUUUUUUAAAACAGCUGUAAAAUAACAUUACUAUCACAAUACAGACUCCUACUACUAUGAACAUACUUUUCCGAUCUUUGUUCGUAUAAAGACCGAGGAUAACAUGUUGAUGUUUACAUAGUCAGCUGAUGGUAUUAUAAAUAUUAAUAUGUGGUGGAUUGACAAACAAAACCAUUACAUUGUAAUACUAACCUAUAUACAAAAUGGCUUUAUAUAUACGUUUUUGGGCUUUGUGUAACGUUUCUGUUGGUUUUUGGGGAUGGGUUGGAUAAAGAAUAGCAGUUUUUGUAAAUCUGAAAUUUUUUAAAUUUCAAAAUCUUUAAAAAUUUUAAAUUUUAACAUUUUAGAACGUCAUUUUACGUACCAAACGCCAGCUGGUGAAGAAGGUUUUAAAGUCUCCAGCUAAAAUGGCACAUGCUAAACUCAUUUUGAAACGCAAAUCCAUGAAUCAAAGGCUUGGCAUUGGGAUUGCCAUCGAAACUAAUGAUCUUACCGACCGGUAAGUUUAUAUUUUACACGAUUCGUAUACAACUACGUAUUUUACAAAACAAAUUAUUAACAGGUAGGGCAAAGUAAAGCAAGGAAAGACAGAUUAAAUUAUCUUAGACUGAGGAAGAGUAAGUUAGAGCAAUUUAUUCUUGUAGAGUACGGUAGCGCAAGGUAGGGUAGGGUAGGGUAGGGUAGGGUUGGUAAAGCACUAUAUUCCUUUCUACUAUCAUAUGUUAUUACGUAUGUUACAGUGUGGUAUCAGUCCGAGUAGAGCAAAUAGAAGACAAUUCAGUAGCUCAAUCUUCUGGACUCGAACCUGGAGAUCGUAUUUUAGAAGUAGACGGUCAAGAAGUUCAUGAAUGUAAUAGAGAAGAGUGUCUGAGCUUGUUUCAGAACGCUCGACUUCAAUGUACUUUGAUUAUUUUACCUGGACAAUUGUAA